AUGCAUCUCCCAUCACAGAAACUGCAGCUUCGCCCCAAACUUACCGCCGUUCUACAACACGCAAGCAAGACUUCCACCUCCAAGGUCCCCGAUCCUCCGACUUCAAAGAAGACCGACAGCGGCAUCAACCUCAAGGACAAGCGAAACAUCAAGAUCGGUAUUGCCGCACUUCGUAGCGUCAGCAAAUGGACUGAUAAAGCUGCGCUGACGCUCGAAAAGCUCGAGGGUCAAGAGGCGUCGAAGCACUGCCAAGAUCGCCAGGCGCACUUACUCAAAGAAGAUGGCAGUAAAGGGUACGGAAAGCAAGUUCAAGAUACUAAGGUAUGGAGAGAGACCGUGGUAUACCCGGUACCUACCCAGGUUGGUAGUGCUAAGGGCAUCGAAGUACACGAAGAGCCAAGAGUGUACGGAGCAGCAGCACCUUGCAGUAAGGGAGAAAGUCACAUUACGGCCAGCGCUGUAGAGGCACCGCUUGUCCAGACUCAUCAUGCGCAUGUCUUGGCGUCCGUUGAGGGAUACUAUGACGAAAGUAGUAAUGACGAAGACGAUGGCGGUACCUCAAGGAAGAUCAGUCUCGCCAACUCUGCAGACAUUGACACAGAUGAAGAUAGCGAUGAGGAAGAUGCUCCCGAUGAUUCAGGCGAUGAUGAGAAAGAGGAUGACAGCGAUGACGAGAAGGAAAGCGACGAAAAUGGCGACGACGAAUCGGAGAGUGAAGAAAAUGAUAGUUCAGAUGAUGCUGAAGAUUCUGAAGAGGAGGAGGUGGGGGCUAAGCAUCCGAUGAUCAUGAAUGCUAAGAAGUAG